AUUACACACAAUACAUAACAGUACAUUACGGAACUACACGCGAGUACAUUGAGUAGGGCAAGUAAGGCUGUGUAGACCCUACACGAUACGUGCGGUUGAAAUCUCGUCCCAUAAGAGAGGCUAUAGGCGCGCACCUUUGAGUUUGAGGGAUCACAGAAUUUGCAGUUAAUGGUGAACCAUAUUACCAGAAAGGAAGAUCGUGAUACCAGCAACCUUUGAAACAUGGGCAAAGUGACGAAAUUGGAGAUAACGCUCGCCAAUGACGUGAAUGUGUUCCCUCUUGGUGACACGAUUAAAGGAGAGGUUGUUGUGGAGGUAUCGGACGAGAAGGACAGAGGAUUAAAUAAAGUGAAAGGUAUUUGGGUGCAGUUCAAAGGCGAAGCCAAGAACAAAUGGAAAGAAGAGACCGAAAUCAGUGUUGGUGAUGUUGACGUCAGUUAUACUUCUAAAAAUAAAGCUAAGGAGGAAUAUUUCGACUCAGUUAAAGUCUUAUUUGGAGCAGGAGAACAAGAUCCGGUCAUCAAGGAUUUGGGAAUCCCAUCAGGCACCCACACCUACCCAUUCGAGUAUGAGAUACCCUACGCGUCUAUGCCAGCCCCUUUCGAAGGCAGAUAUGGGUAUGUCAAGUACACCAUGGAGGCGACAGUCUCCCUUGAGAGAGCGAUUGUCAACACUUUACACACGGAGGUUAAGCAGUUUAGCAUGUUCGGACAGGAGCUGGAUCUGAACGUCUUACCCGGAAUGGAGACCCCAGUGAAAAAAGAGGAGCAGAUAACAAACUGUUGUGGAUGUGGAUCGACAGUGGAAAUGACCAUUACUGUUGAGCUACCCAAGCAAGGAUACGUCCCCGGUGAGCCAAUCUACUUCAACGGUCAAAUUGAUAACCUGGAUAAAGACGAACGCCUGGGUCUGAAAGCUAAACUCGUACAGGAGGUGAAAUUUCGUACCUCAAGUGACACCAAAAAAGAAGAUGGUACGGUGGCGAAAACAGCAGAUAAAAUUGAGUGUCCUAAAGGCAGGGUGACAGACUAUAAAUUUGGACCGCUGUUAAUCCCUGCUGUGCCGCCAUCGGGCCUCCCUGGUUGCGACAUCAUCGGUAUCACAUAUUACAUUCAGGUUAGCAACGAAGAAUGCAACUUUACGAUGGAGUUUCCGAUAACGAUUGGCACCGUACCUCUUCGUCGCAGUAGCCCGGUGAAAAGCGACGAGGUCACGGUAACAGAGAUCCCAAAAGACAACGGAGGAGUAGUAUACGAUGCCUUUGUUGCUGAUGAUGAAACCCCUUCUAUGAGCUUCAAGGAGCCUAAUUACUUAAAAUCGGAUGAUUUUCUUCCUAGCUAUCGGUAUUUUAAUUUUCUGGUUGAUACACUUCCAGAGCCCAAAACAUGAAAAGGUCUCCACCGCGGGACACAAUUAGACUUUUAGGGCAUUAAGGGUCAUUUAGAAUAGUCAACGUUUAAAAAACAAUUCCCCUCGAAAACACUUUAACCUGGCUAAGCUGGCAAGAUCAUCAUUAUUCCUGACUAAAUUACAAAUUCCUGUCUAGCUACGCAGAUGUUGAGUCCCUAAACAGACAUAAAAACUAAUUAAAAUGUGUUUUAAAGCCAUGUGAGCAAACUGAAAUAUUUAUCUAGCACCUGACGUGCCUUUUUGAAAGAAACAAAAUAUAAUGUGAUGUUAUAAAAUCAUCAAUUAGUCUCGAGUUUUUAAAUAACUUAGAAAAUCUACUCCGCUGUAGUUGUGAAAAUAAUCUAUAUAUACUAUAUUGUAUCUGUGUCAUAAAAUAGCAAACUUCGUCAAAGUGAAAUAUUAUGUUUUGUUAUAAAAUAACUUACUUCUUUAAAGUGAAAUAAUCUGUUGUGUUAUGAAAUAACUUACUUCUUCAAAGUGAAAUAAUCUGUUGUUAUAAAAUAAUUUCUUCAAGUAAUCAAUACUUUGUUGAUACAAGUUACGUAAAGGACAAUAAUAAAACAGCUGGAGACUUACUUUAUAUUUUCCCGAUGUCAAAAAUAAACGCAAGUUGUAUCAUGAGUGAUUUUUCCAACUUCCAGUGCGCCUCAUGUACUGGAAUUUGCACAUUGAGCACAAUCUACGGAUAUGCACAAUCUUCAGAUUGCGCAGAAUGUUGCACAAUGCAGAGAUGUGCCGUAUCUAUUGGCAGUUACAGCUACGGCUACGACUUGUGCUAAGUGUGUUGCCAAGCAAGGACCUAUACUUCAACGCAUGAUGGCGCAGAGAUAUAGCCGUAGCCGAUAGCUUCUAAUUCGGACACGGCCUGAGCUGCCGCGCAAUCUUGUGCAACCAUGUAGGUGAUCAACAAAUAUUUUGUUUAAUAAAUUUCCGGUUUUGACUGGAGGGCGGUCAAAUCGGAGCCACGAUGUACAUAUUUAGUUUUUACCAAGUUUUCUUGAUGUAGGUUAUACAAAAAAGGGUUCUCUCGAUGUUCUUUUGAUGCUUUGUCAAUGGCGCAUUAAUGUGUAAAUAUUAUGCUUAAAUGUGGGCUGCGCUUAGACGAUUGAGAAAAAAGAGGAAGUGCCGAGUGGGAAACAGGUGGGACAGGAAUGGGUAAAAAGGGGGGGUAUUUUAAAAGUGCCUGGACUUUUUUUGUGUUCAUUGUGAAAGUUAUGCCAAUAAAUAUUCAAGCGCCUGGAAACAUUGGAUUAUAUUGAAUGGUCGGUACGAGGGUUGACUGUGUGUUGUGUGGAUGCACACACCAAAUGAAAGCUCAUAAUAGGCUUUUAUGGUAUAUCAUCGAAAACCAUGUUAGUAAAUUACAGGUUUAUAAUAAAAAUUCUUCAUUGUUCAACCCAAACUA